AUGAAAAUAUGUCCCCAAAAUAUACGCACUACAUACAUACACACAUUCAUAUCUAUCUAUCUAUCUAUCUAUCUAUCUAUCUAUCUAUCUAUCUAUCUAUAUAACACCACACUCACGACAAUUUCAAUUUUAAAUUUAAUUAGUAGCGGAUCAACCCAUCCUGAUCGAGAAAUGGAUUCAGUGCCGAGACGGGACGAGGUAACGAUUUCCCGGGGGACUCCACCAGGAAUUCCAGCUCCUCGGCGAAUAGAUUGCGUCCUUCCUUUCCAAGUCCUCCUCAAGUCCUCGCAGUCUAUUAAUAAAUUUAAAGACCAAGGUCGCAACUCUCAACAUACGCGCAAAUUCCGAAAAACGAUCCCGAGCGAUGACGGUAGGAUAUUCUUCCUCUCGAACGACCGACGUGUUCACGGACUCACGAGAGACCAGUUCGUUGCGGCUGCUGAGGCAAAGUAA